AUGCCCCAAUACUUCAAGAACGACCUUUAUCUGGUCCCCGUCGACAAGGUAUCGCUCCGGAAUACACUGAGUGAGCUCAGAGCGGCUAUUGUCUGUGGAUUCGCAUUGAUCAAGGCAAACAGUCCUGCGCCAGAUAUAAACGAUACCAAGGCGUUUGGAUCCCUAUACAAUGGCGACAAUGGCAUUGCGGUCAUGGCUACUCGCAUUGCGAUUCAAGCCAAAUAUCUCGGCGGCAGCAAGGCAGAGACAGAUGCUUUAAUUGCCAGCUGCCAUGCCCUCGCGAAGGAGCGUCUUAGUCCACAUCUAGUCGAAAUACACCCGCAGCAUGGAAUGGUUUCGCCCACCGGAUCAGGACACCUAGGUGCUGCGUUCGCUCGUACCUUUGCCGCUGCUGCGAAUAUGUCUUCCCGAACCGGAGUGUGCAGGGUUCAUUCUCGCGACGUUGCAUGUGUAUGUGAGGCGUUUGAUCAUGCAUGCGAUGAGGAUUAUGGCCUUGGGCACGACGAUGCGUUGACCGGCCGUGCUGGUCUCCUUCGCGCCAUACUCGCCUUUCGUCAGUUCCGUCUGGACAAGGAAACAGUUGCUUCCUACCAGCUAGUGUUUGAAAACGUACCUUAUCUUGUUAACUGUAUGGUUGAGGCUGGUAAGCUUGGGGCGGAGGCAUUCGUCGAAGAGUAUGGAGAGAGCGAGGCACUCCCCCUUAUGUGGCCGUGGCAUGGGAAAUACUAUGCUGGAGCUAUUCUUCUUGAAUGCAAACUUGAGGAACUAGGAGACGGACAACCAAAUCAUGACCAUCUUCCUAUCAUUGGAAAGACAAUCACACAGCUUUCCAAACUGGCUAUCGCAAAUGAAGGCCAGCUUCCGUCCACUUUACCCCAUAAUCCGCUAGCACGACGCUCCCCUCUCGUCCAGAUCUGCCACGGCGCCCCAGGGCUCUUAGUCCUUCUGGCUCGUUCACGAGACAAUGCACGACUAUCAAGCCUACAUUGGGAUCCAAGCUGGGACAAAGCGAUCUCCCUUGCUAGCCAGCGAGUCUGGGAACAAGGCCUCGUUUUCAAAGGCGGUGGUCUCUGUCACGGUAUCGCAGGAAACGCAUGGCCCUUUUUAAUGCUACACAAUAUAUUCGAAUACGGAGCCCAGGGAACGAGAGCCGAUAAAAUGGCAUUUAAUGAACGAAUGACCAAAUCACCACCACUUCCGCAGAAAUUUACUGCUGACCAAUAUCUUUCUCGGGCGCUGGCUUUCCUGCUACAUGCCAGAAAGACACAGCCAUUCAACACGCACACUUAUGAAGAGAGUAUACAGUACCGUAUGCCAGACCACCCCUACAGCCUCUACGAAGGCCUUUCUGGGACAUUAGUUGCCUGGUCAGAGGCUUGUGUGGUGAUAUCAGCUCGUCUACGAAAAAUGGCGGUCGACGAAGAUAUUGGUCACGGCGCUUUUGAUAGUGAUGGAGAGUUCCGUCGAGAUCUCCGUCAUGUAUUGGGGAUGCCCGGCCUUUCUGUUCAAGGAUACAUAUAA